UCAGGUGUCAAAGUUUAGCUUUUAAAAUGUAAGUCAAUUACGUCAUAGAAAAUAUUCUCUGACCCCACUAUGAGGCCAAAUUAUUAUACCAUUUGCAAUUAUAGAAUUAGUUCAAGGAUCACAAUGAUCUUAGCUUUCUCUGCGUUUCUUCUGUGUAUCUUUUCAGGUGAUACCUAGUCUUUGUUAGUCAUGGAACAAAACAAUGGCACUCAGGUGACUGAAUUCAUUCUUCUGGGAUUUGCUGGGCAGCACACGUCUUGGCAUAUCCUCUUCAUAGUAUUUCUUGUGAUUUAUGUGACCACCCUGGUGGGUAAUACUGGGAUGAUCCUACUCAUCAAGAUUAAUUCCUGCCUUCACACCCCCAUGUACUUUUUCCUCCAACACUUGGCCUUUGUUGAUCUCUGCUAUACUUCCGCUAUCACUCCCAAGAUGUUGCAAAACUUUUUAGAAACAGAACAAUCCAUCUCAUUCAUAGGAUGUAUGGUGCAAUUACUAGUCUAUGGUACUUUUGCAACAAGCGACUGCUAUAUCCUUGCUGCAAUGGCAGUGGACCGUUAUGUGGCCAUCUGUAACCCACUCCACUAUCCAGUAGUCAUGACCCAGAGAGUCUGCAUUCAACUGUUAGUUGGCUCAUACCUCAUGGGUUUCCUAAAUGCCUCCAUAAAUACAAGUCUUACUUUCUCACUGAACUUUUGCAAAUCCAAUAAAAUUAACCACUUUUUCUGUGAUGAACCCCCAAUUCUUGCUCUCUCAUGCUCCAACAUUGAUUUAAACACCAUGUUCCUGACCGUCUUUGUGGGGUUUAACUUGAUGUUCACCGUGUCGGUCGUCAUCUUUUCAUACCUAUAUAUCCUGGCUGCCAUCCUGAAGAUAUCUUCUGCUGCAGGGAGAAGAAAAGCCUUCUCCACCUGUGCCUCCCACCUGACAGCAGUCACCAUUUUCUAUGGGACCCUCUCUUACAUGUAUCUGCACCAUGGGUCCCAGGAGUCUCGAGAACAAGAAAAAAUGGCUUCUGUGUUUUACGGCAUUGUGAUCCCCAUGUUAAACCCGCUCAUCUACAGCCUGAGAAACCAAGAUGUGAAGGAAGCUCUGAAAGGGAUUGGAAAGAAGUGCCUCUAGUUUGAUCCUCAAUUUCUAAUUCUCUGUGCUUGGAAACAACAAGACCAGUAGUGCUAAUUUUUAAGAAAUCAAAACAAAAAAGUCAAGCAACAUGGAAAAGUUGCUCAUUUUUACUAAGACUGAGCUGCAAAUUAAAGUCAUGAUGAGAUAACCGCUUUCUAUCAACAUGUCUGGUAAAAACUGCCAAAGAAUGAUAACGCCUAUUAAAUGCUGUGAUGUAAGGAAAAUUAUGCUCUCACAUACUGUUAAUAGAAAAUUGAAGUGUUACUUCACAUUAGAAGGAAUCUGGCAAUAUCUUUUUAAAAAAUAAUCUUUUUUAUUAUUCUUUUCAUUUAUUAAGUGAAACAUAUGCACAAAGUAUAGGUGUGCAUAACAAAAGCUAAUUUUGUGAAUUAGUAAUACAAUUAUAUAUAACUAGAGGCCUGGUGCAUGAAAAUUCAUGUACUGUGGUGGGAGGGGUCCCUCAGCUUGGCCUGCACUCUCUCACAGUCUGGGGCCUCUGAGAGAUGUCUGACUGCUGGCUCAGGCCUGAUCCCUAAGCCAACAAUCAGACAUCCUUCUCGCAAUAAGCCAGGCUCAUGGCUGGCGAGCACAGUGGCAGUGGUAGAAGCCUCUCCCACCUC